AUGACAGACCACAAUCAAAAUGCAGUCAAGGUCAUCUCAGUACUGCUGCCCCUCAUGGGUAUGGCAGCGGGAGCUAUGCGGGUGAACAGCGCCGUGGUUUUCACACUCAACAUCUUGGCUCUGAUCCCACUGGGUCCAUGGAUCAGUCGUUCCGUCGAUGCGCUGUCCGUGGGUGGACGGCGGUUCACGAGUGAGCUACUCAAAUCAACCCUCGGCAACUCAGUCGAAUUGAUGGUUGGAAUCAAUGCAGUCAUACAGAGGCGGCCUCAUGUCUCCCAGUCCGUGAUUCUCGGCAGUGUUCUAAGCAAUUUACUAUUAGUUCUCGGUGGCACACUCUUCAUAUCAGGCUACGAUAAAAAACGCCUCCGUUUCGACCGAACCCUAACAACAGUCCUAUCCUCUCUGAUGACAGUCGUCUUCAUUCUACUAGCAAUUCCAACGAUGAUGGAUGUUUUCCCCUCGACCACAUCCACGCCAACAAACCAGGUCCUCUCCACACAGCGCAUCACAGCAGUCAUACUAAUCCUCCUGCUGGUGACAUUUCUUUUCUUCCGACUGGGCACGCACGCGGCCAUGUUCGCCAGUACACCAUUCUCCCAGACCGAUCCCAGUCCAAAUACAGGCCGGAGCAGACACCAACACCGACAAAGCCAAAUCAUCGAAGCGCAACUUCCCCGUCCAUAUCUCAGAAGAGAUAUCGCUGCUUUGGUGCUUGCUACUGCAUCGGGCUGCACAUUUGGAUGUACAUAUUACAUCGUGGACGGACUUUCCGAACUAGCCAGACUGACUGGGUUCAACGCGUCAUUCCUAGCUGUUACUACUGUUCCUAUCAUAGGGAACUUUGUAAAGUAUUACUCCAUCGUGAUGGGAUCCAGAUCUUACGGUCAGGUCGAAUUGGGAAUUCGGGCGAUUAUCAAUUCCGUCUUGAGGUUGACUAUGCUCAUUGCGCCACUUUUGAUGCUUGUGGGCUCGGUUUUUGAUCAACCGCUUACCUUACGCUUUGAUGGGUUUGAGUCUACGACGCUUUUACUUAGCGUUGUUGUUAUGACUUAUCUCAUUUCCGAUGGGAGGAGCAAUUAUUUUGAGGGGCUGAUGUUGAUUGGGACGUAUGCUAUUAUUGUGUGUUCGUUUUUUGUCAGGCCUGAGAUACCGGCGAAUGUUAUCUUUUUGGGCACUUAG